AUGAGAAUGCCAGAAAAAAUAGCAUACAACACCAAACUCCAGAAGAUCGGCACGAUUUCGGAAACGCUCAGCGACGACGAAUACGUCAGCAUUGCACCGAAACUGCGUCAGCCUAUCUCAACAAUGUUGAAGGCGCAUUAAUGGGGCGCGGGAUACUGUGAAAAUCGUCUGUCUGGAACUCUCCGCAAAAGGCUCAUCCCUCGGUCAGAGAAUCGUGAAAGAGCCGCAAAGGGACGUCAUCACAAAGUUCCACAAGAAUCCCAGCUAUCAGUCGCACUCGUUGAAGUCGGUAUCCAAAACGCUCCGAAGCCUAUGAUUUGA